AUGGAGCGUGAUUAUUCUGGUCCUACAGGCGAUGAUGUUGAUCCAGAUACUGAUCUGUCAUAUGCUGAUCCAUUUGCUGAUGAGGACGACGAAGAUGGAGCAUAUCUUUCCCCCGACAACGACCAUCCGCCCGAGUAUUACAUUCAACAACUUGAGACCUUCAACGAAGAAGAGUACGUGAAAGAAGACUACAAAAAGAGCAGUACCCGUCUGCUGAAUUACAUGGAAGAUCAGUGGAAUCAGUACUCUGCCAGCUCUCUAGGGACGUAUUGGAAGGUUUUCCGCUUAGUGUAUGAGAGAGCAACUGGUGCAAGACUAGAUGGGAAGAUCAGCCGAAGCAUGCACAAGGUACUGAGGAAGCUGACCAAGAAGCACGGGCUGAAGAAGAUAGGUCGAGACAAGGCUUGCAUGUAUGUCGAGGACUUGGCCCAAGUGCUGCAAACCAACCUGGUAACCACCGAAAAGAGAUAUCCACACGGACGCUAUAGGAUACAGGCCCAGCUCUAUCUGCAACUGGGUGGAUUUACGGCGAAUCGGCCUCAAGCUCUUCUCAGUCUCUGCUAUCGGCACAUAAAAGUCACGCUUUUACGGGAUCCAGAAGGUGGCCCCCAUCGAGUAUUGCUUGAGUUCACCUUCGAGUUCACAAAGGAGUUCCUUGGUGUCAAAGACUUGAAUACGUUCCCUCUUCCAGAAAUCAUGUACGACGAGACGCUCCUCUUUAGUCCACACGUCUUUCUCCUUGGCCUGCUAUUCUACGAUCGGGCGUUUGCAGCCUACAAUCUAACCUCUCCAGAGGAGCUCAGCAGGCUCACGAUUCCGCAAGGCCGCAAUGAGCUACCAUUACACCUGAACCAUAUAUUAGACGAUGUUCCUGUGUUCCGGAAAGCGACGAGAACUGUGCACGGCUGGGAUAUCUCUCCUCACGAGCCCCUUCCCUACUCCACUCUGCUGCCAUGGGUUCGAACCCUGGGCGAGGUCACAGGGUUUGCUCAAGUUACCCGUCCUUAUUCUUUGAGAUAUGCCGGAGGGAAGGCGUUUAAUGAGAACGGUAAGUCCUGCGAUCUGGUCUAUGCACGAUCUGUGGUGCAUGAUGUGGUACUAACGUACUGCGUAGGCAAUGUUAGUGAGGCUAUGCAGAACCUGAUGAUGGGUCAUGCUAGUAUAUCAACAUUCUUGAAGCAUUACCUCUCACGUCGUAUCACAGUUGAUACGCAGGCUGUCGUGCGAGGCAUCCAGCCCCAGACAGCCUUCAUGCGGGCAGCUUGUACUAUGAGCCGUUCGAUUGAUCUUCGUCGGCCACGACGACUCACGCAGGAACAGUCUGCAUCCGUAGAUGAAGAUCCAUCCGUUCGCUUCCUACUUGACCGACGAGACCGACUGAAGCGUAAAGUACCCAAUGCAACCAAACACCCCGAGUACAAAACGCUUGUCUUGAAGAUCAGCCAAGAGAGACAGCGUCGACGGCACGCCCUUCUUAAAGCCGUCAAGGAACGCUGGGAGUUUGAACAGCCUGUGCGUGAUGUCGAGCGGCAGCUUGCUGGCUUAGACGCUAUCGAUGAUUCGGAGCCGAUCCAUAACAUUAUGCUCCCAGCUCAAGAAGAGCUAGCCAACUCAAUCCUGUCGAAGCCAGGGACCACUAUAGAAGAGGAGACGGACAGGCGUAAUGGGGCCAUUCGUGCAGUUACCUUGUACUGUGGCAUCGAAGAGGGGGGGAUGUACCCGGUUCAAAAAGCGGGUCGGAGCAGGAACAUUGCCUUAUCCACCAAGAGCCAGCUGAGGUACGGUGAAGGAGCAUUAGAAGCAGCCAAGGUCUCGGUGUACAAGGAGGAAAGACCAAAGAUAUGUUUCCUUUGCCUUGGCAACGAAAGACUGCCGCUGGCACAGCGCAUACAUUCCUUCAGUACCCCAGGUGAUCUCACGAAGCAUUUCGGACGGAAGCACUUAAAAAACAUUAAAAGUAGCGAGGGUCUUAGCUGCAAUCUUUGUAAAGUGUUCCUGGCGGACAAGAAGCACUUGCAACAACAUGCUGAAAAAGUUCACGGAACCGCAUCUCCUAGGAGUUCCUAUGAUUGCUGCUAG